CAUCUAUGGUUGACUGCUUUCAUUUGACUGUCUUUCUUUGAUGGCUGUCCUCGCCGACACCAUUGCACUGCCUACGUUACGGUCUGCAAGGUGGACAGUAGGCAAUCAGACGGUGAAUCAUGUCCUGCUAGAGUGCCCAUUGCACCAAGACGAGCGUGACUGGAUGCGAAACGUCCUAUCCGACCAGGGGAUCGCUCUCCGUCGAGGGUCGGGUAUUUCCACGCUUCCUUGGAGGCGGAAGCGGGGAAUCCCUGGUCCCGAUGCGGGACAUACGACGGACAGAUCGGAACUGUCUGUCUCCUAGCUAAACUACUCUGUAC